GGCGAGCAUCGCCGGCGUGGUAAAAGCGAGGAGCAGCGGCCGCGGAAGGCACAGACAGCAUCAUGCGCUCGGUAACGAUAGCAGUGUUGCUAGCGAUGGUGGCGCUCGCCUCCUGCGUGAACCCGAUGGAGCCGAUCGACGAUUUGGUGGCCUCGGCCUCGGGCGCCUCAGCGCAAACUUCCGCGCCACCGGUUAAGCUGGACAAGAAUUUGCGACGGGCGCUCCUAAAGGCACUGGUCGACCUCGAGGCCGAGUCCGCGGAGCAGCAGCAGCAGCCACUAUCACCGUCUCCACCGUUAUCGUCGUCGUCAUCGUCAUCAUCGUCCCCGGCGCAGUCGGACAAGGACGAGAAGCAACGCGCUACCGAGUCGACCAUUGACGAGACCAAAUACGAUUUCCUCGAGAUAUCCAAGCAAAAGAGCGCGAGUUUCUCGUUCGACGGCUUCCCUAGCGAAGAGGAUACACCGAGCGAGGAUAAACUGCAGAACUCGAGCUUCGUCGAGACCGACAAGUUUACGCACCAGGACUCGCAGCCCAAAAUUAAUUUCGCGGACCCGGUCCAGGUACACCAGGUGAUAUCCUCGGAGAAGGCUUUGGCAAUCUACGAUGUUAAGCCACCGGAGCAGCUCGAGACGGUGGAGUCGCGCAACAUCGCGUCCUCCUCGUCGUCCUCUUCGUCAUCCUCCUCGGCAUCCUCCUCGGCAUCCUCCUCGGCAUCCUCCUCGGCAUCCGGCUCGACAUCCUCCUCCGAACUCAAUCAGAUCCAGAAGAGCGUGACGAUAGCCCCGAUAACGGAGACGAUCGCGGUGAGCGCGAGCGGCAAUGUCGUCUCGGCCGCGGGCAAUUCACUCGUCAUUCCACGCCCGACCGCCUCCACGAAUGUCAUAGAGGCCGGGAACACGACUGGCAAGAGCGAGGCCAAUGCCAGCUCGAAGAUCGUCCAAUUCACAGGCAAGCGGAUCGCGGACGGCGCCGAGGACGUGAAGAUCUUUCAGGCACCGCUCGUAGCCGCGUUCACGGUACAGCAGGACGAGCGAGGCGUUCCCAAAAGCGUCGUGCCCCUCUACAAGAGCAACUCCGAGGGUGGCUCGGUGACCCAGUCCCAGCCGCUCAGCCUCCAGGAGCAGCUCGAGUUUAAGCAACGUCUCCUGGAGAAGCAGUUACAUCAGCUUCAACUACAGCAGGCCCAGCAGACGCAGCUGCUCAUACGUCAGCGACAGGCGUACGAGGAGCAGCUUCGUCAGAAGCAGCAGCACGAGUUCUUCCUUCAGGAGCAGCGACGGAUCAAGCAGUUGCAGGAGCAGGAGCACCUUCUUCAGCAGCAGCGACUCCAGCAACAAUUCUCCGUGAAUUCGUUGCAGCGGCUGCCCUCUCAGUCGAAUUUUCAACAACAACAGCAGCAGCAGCAGCAGCAGCAGCAGCAGCAGCAGCAGCAACAGCAACAACAGUCCCAGCAGCAACUGAGUCUCGUCCAGCAAUUGCCUCAGCAACAGCAGCAGCAGCCCUUCAAAUCAUCUAGCGUCCACCUGCAGCCGAGCAUCGGCCUCGAGCUGCCCAACACUCUGCCAGCGCCCUCCUUCCACGGCCAACAACAGCAGCACCAGCUUCUUCGACCCUCGAUCCAGCAGCACCAGCAGCGUCAGCAUCACUUCCAGCAGCAGUUUCCCCUCGAGUUCCAGCAGCUACCCGCGGUCACGUCCCUAGCUAGGUUCAACCGUCAGGAAGGUUUCGGCUCGAUCGGUAACUUCGGCUUUAACGGCUUCCAAGCUUCCGACGACGUCCUUAGAAAUGGCGGCCAGUUCUUUGCCCAGCGUCCACCGCAGCCACAAAGUAACUUCAUCUUCGGCGGUCUGAGACAGCAGCAGAGGCCAUUCUCCCAGACACCCGCCAGACAGAUCCAGGAGCUACUCUAUCAGUCGGGCAUCGCCGGCGAUCUUCAGGGUGCCGGCACACGCAACCAGGAGGACGUCAAUAUCGUCUCGAAGGUGCUGGCCCUCAACGUUGGCGCUCUGCCCAAUGGCGGGCAGAGACUGAAGGACUUCCACCAGCAACCGUUCGGCCCCCUCAAGAAGUAGUGACGCAAGACUGAGAGAUUAUAUUCGGUCGCGUUGCCUGCGAGUGCACUUUACUCGUGUCUUUCUCUUUUGUUUCUUACUUUUUUGUUUUAUUU